AUGGUAACUCAUAUUACUCCUGAUGUCUCUAACAUUUUAGAGCCUGUAACUGAAAAGUUGAAAAGACACCAGUUUAAAAAUGAUAAAGAAGUGGCAUUGGAAGUAUCUCAUUUAUUGAUGAGAGUGAUAUCCACAAGAUGGACAACUCCGCAGGAGUUGAUAUCGCUUAUAAGGGAAGUGGGUGUCUAUAUCUUUAAGGCACAGCCAAGGCAAAUUAUCCCAGGUAAUAUUGUAAGACGAGUGUUAGCUAUAAUAAGGGAUGAGAUAGAGACUGAUAACAGUAACAACAGCUUAGGGACACCUAUGAUGAGCUCUAUGUUUAGCUUACUAUCCACUAACAGCACCUCCGAACAAAAAAAGCAGCCGAUCCUGAAAAAGGAAACUAGUGACUUAAGGUCGAUUAUCAUACAAUCCAUCAGAGACUUAAUAGAUGAAAUUACUAAUGCAAAUGAUUUGCUUGAAACAAUGGCAGUAGAUUUGAUUCAUGAUAAUGAGGUUUUGUUGACGCCCACUCCUAGUUCGACUACGGUUAUGCAGUUUUUAAUUAAAGCUAGAGCUAAGAGAAAGUUCACUGUGUUGGUGACUGAAAAUUAUCCCAAUGAUAUAACGCUGGCUCAUAGGUUUGUUAAAACUUUGGCAGAACACAAGAUUGAAGCAGUUCUCAUACCGGAUAGCAUAACUUUUGCUGUGAUGUCGAGAGUAGGUAAGGUAAUAGUAGGCUCGAAUGCAGUCUUUGCGAAUGGAGGUUGUUUGUCAAGUUCUGGAGUCGCAAGUGUCGUUGAAUGUGCUAAAGAACAUAAAACCCCUGUUUUUGCAGUUGCAGGUCUCUACAGACUAUCGCCGCUUUACCCUUUCAAUAGAGAUGAUCUAAUUGAAGUUGGGAAUUCGGGUGAGGUACUCAAUUAUUCUGAUUUUGAGUUAGUUGACAACGUUGAAGUCGUCAACAAUCCUUUAGCCGAUUACAUUCCACCUGAGCAUAUUGACAUCUACAUUACUAAUAUAGGAGGCUUCGCACCUUCAUUCAUUUACCGAAUUGUGCUAGAUAAUUACAGAACUGAAGAUAAUAUUCUUGAGUAA